AUGUCUGCUUCAUCGACCAUCAUGAGUGCUCCACCAGACUACUGUGAGACUGUGGAUGAGACAAUCGCUGCUACGUCAAACGAUGAGAUGCCUCCGAUUUAUGUCAUGGAUGUUAACAAUUUGACGUGGCAACGAGCGUUCCCACCAACCUAUGAUGAUGAGGAGAGGCAACUCGAUAAGCCGCUACGGAGCAUUGAAGCUGAAAUUGAUAGCGAACACACUCGAAUGUACAAAUGCGGACCAUGCAUGCUAUCAGAGACCAAAUCCUUCCUUCUCUGCUUCUUCUCCGUCUUCGUGGGUCUCCUCGUCCUUCUUCCUACACUCUUCUUCAUCACUGUUCUUUCCCGAGACAUAGAUCCGAAUGUUUCACCAAGCAUCUGA